UACUGUGAUGGUUGGUGUUGGGUGUUGGUAAUAGUGAUCAAAUAAAUAUGGAGUUUAUUUGUGAUAUGAUGACUUCACUUUUCUUGGAAUAAAAAGCAUUAAAAAAAACUGAGUAUAUAUUCGAAGUGUAAAAAAAGUUCUAUAUCGUGUUAUUUGUAUAAAGAAAUAAUUUUUGCUUUACGUUAUCUGGUCUAUUCUCCGUUGCGAUAAAAACUCAAACCACCAGACAUCAGCUGAUACUAGGGAAUAUACUGAUAAUUGAAAAUAGUUUGAUCAAAUAAUCCUGUGUUGUUCUUAUUUUUGAUCCUAUAAAUUUCAUCAAACUGGAGCGAUUACCAGAAUACCUCCGGGAUACCGUGGACUGGUUCAUCGGUAAGGCGAGGCGUAAGGAAAAAGAAGGGACCGAAUCGACUUCAAGCGGAGAUUCAAAAUUAUAUUUAGAAGCUACUGUUUUAGAAAGAAAAUUACCAGAAAUGGAUAUGAGAUUGUUGGUGGAUUUACCAGCUGGGUUGGACUAUAAUGAAUGGCUUGCAUCUCACACUAUGUCUCUAUUCGAUCAUGUCAACUUAGUUUAUGGUAGCAUUAGUGAAUUCUGUACGCCUGCUGGUUGUCCAGAUAUGACAGGCCCUGGUCAGAGGACUUAUUUAUGGUUUGAUGAAAAGGGGAAAAAGACGAAAGUUGCAGCCCCGCAGUAUAUAGACUAUGUGAUGACAUUUAUUCAAAAAACUAUUAGUGAUGAAAGUAUUUUUCCUACAAAAUAUGCGAAUGAAUUUCCCUCGUCGUUUGAGUCAAUAGUACGAAAGAUAGUUAGACUGUUAUUCCACGUGGUGGCGCAUCUAUACGCUGCCCAUUUCAAAGAAGUCGUCAUGUUGGGUCUACACGCCCACCUAAAUCUCACCUUCGCCCACCUAACGGCCCUACACCAUCGGUUUUCGUUGAUUGAACUAAAGGAAACUGAAAUACUGAAAGACUUGGAGGUGGCCCUCAAGUUGACUGAUGACUGUCAGGAGCCUGCGAACAACAAUGAUAAGUCCGAUGACGUAUCAGAAUCGGACUCGAAAACUAGUUUAACGGAAACAAGCUGUGGAGACAAUAAAUCGUAGUUUCGUGGGGUCUGGACCAGAAUUGUUUACGAUUGUUUUAUGUGAUGUGACUGUUCGCCCCAGUUGAAACCAUUAACCACUACUAGCUACUAGAGCGUUGUGAUUCUAAGACACGAUAGUGACUAUCUAUUCAUUUUAUAGUGCUACUUUUUAUUUAUUGUUUUUAACAUGUUUUUAUUGUUUUUGGAUAUAUCAAUAAAAUUAUAACGAAUUUGUCACAAUAUUUAGGGCACACUUUUAACAGGGUCUGACAAUCAAGUAGUUAUCUGGUAAAACAAGAACAGUCUAAACCAUUUGGGGAUUGGUGAAGAGAAGCAACUACUUUGUUGCAUUUUAAAAUGCCUGCAUUCAUCGUAGAAGAGUCGAUAAAAUUACUUCAAGUGGGUUACUCAGAUACCUAUCCUUGUGCAUAUUGACUAGCUCGUGUUUGGAAUCGUACAUUUAAAAAUAAGACUCCUUCCUUUCUUUAACUAAAACAAGUAGUAGAAGUUGUAUAACCUUUCAUAAAUGCAAAUCUGGGAUAAUUUAGAGUUCAUUUUCAUUAAAGUCAGUUAUAUAAACUUAAGUUUUUCAAGAUUGUAUCCGGAAUAUCUGCAAAUAAAUACGAUUUUGUUUUCA